AUGCCUACACCAGUCGUUGGGCCGGAGGCUGUAGCACAGGCUAUUGUGGAUAACAAUGAUAAUAGGACUAUGCACAGGUCGAAUCUUCUCCGAUUACAGCUGGAGGAGCUCCUUGCAUCCACUACCCCAAACUGGGAUAAGCUCAACAAGCUGUCCAAGAUGGUUCAGGAGGUGAUACGCAGUGUUAAGAAAACGCAGAAGAAGGAUUUGGGGAGCGACUUCCAGGAUGAGUUCCCUGACCUCUAUUUCUUCCCGAACUCGCAGCAACAUGAUUUCGUAUAUUAUCCACCAGAAGAGGUGAAGGUUGUUGGUAGCUACUCGAAGAGAGCAUGUGCCAAGCCGAGAUUGGUCGUGGAUGUUGAGGUUGUAAUUCCGGCGAAAUGUUUGCAGAGCAAGGACUAUCUCAAUGGGCGAUACCUCAAUAAACGAAAUGCAUAUGUGGGGGAGCAGUCGAGGCAAUUGGCAGAGAUCAUGGAUGGCUCGAAGGUUGAGCUGAAGAUAGGAUACUUCUGUGGGGAUCGAGCGAAGCCUAUCGUUGAGAUUUGCCCCAUCGGAUCAACAUGGGUGAUAAGACUUCUACCAAGUAUUGCUGAUGGUACUGAUCCAACAGCCACCUCUGGUCCCGAGUCCAGCUGGUUGGCCAGACUUGGUUUGGAAAGAAACUGCAACCGUAUGGACGGUCACGAUAGCGAGCAACCCACGCCACUUUACAACUCGGAGGUUGCAGAAGACAUUUGGAUGCGUUUGAGCUCCUCGUCGAUGGAGACGGGCAGCAGCUCUCAUCCAUCUUAUUCGAAGGCUGUGACGCUGUUGAAGAUUUGGGCAUAUCAGAGAGGAUUCCUCUAUAGGAGAGAUGGGGAGGAAAAUGCUGGUUUAUCAGGAUACCAUCUUGCUGUGAUUAUCGAUCACGUAAUAUCGUCCUCGAGAUUGCCACAUUCCACCAGUGCAUACCAAAUAUUCAAGCUCGCACUUGUACUCUUAUCCUCCACAGACUGGAAGUCCAACGCCUUGGUUUUGGGUUCUCAGGAGAAGGAGGAGCGCUCGAUACCCGAUUGGUCUGACUCGGCACAACUGUUUUCUGGCUUCGAUCGAGCGUAUAAUAUCCUGUGGCGUAUUAGUUUGGUCACUAUUGAUGAGAUUGGACUUGCAGCUAAGCAGUCGCUGGAGCUGUUGGAUGACCCGAAGGAAGCGGAUCCUUUCAUGGAGGUAUUUGGUGAGAAGUAA